CGGAGUUGCCCUGAUUGUGUUUGGAGAGUUGGAGCGUGCAGGGCAGAAAGCAUUGUGAUGGUGAGGUCAGUCGGUGCUGCGAACAUAAGAUUUGGUGGUGCAAGUAAAACACAACCUAGCAACAAGAAACGACAAACAAACUGAAAACACAGAAACUUUCGUGAGGUCUUGGUUGUUCGGCAGUUCCAUGGAAGUAUGGAUGUAGUUUCUUACUCAUCUGCAGCUGCUCCUCUUUCUCUCGUGCUUUCAUCCUCCAUGAGAAACCCUAACAGAACCCUGAAUUUCACCAAUCCUUCGUUUCAGUUUCAGCCAUCAAAGAAGAAUUCAUAUCGAUUUCGUUUAGUGCUGGUUAGUUGUGUCAAACCUCAGAAAUUAGGUUUAUAUUCUGCCAAUGUUAAAAAAGUGCUAAAUUGGAAGGGGAAACUUAAGCAACAUUUCCCCUUCGGCCUUGUUCGAUUUGUCGUUGGAGUUGUAUUGGUUAUGUCAGUAUCCAUUGCUGUUAGCAGAACUCCUUCCUCGGCACUCACGGAAGAGAACCUCCUUUUCUUGGAAGCGUGGAGAACAAUUGAUCGUGCAUAUGUUGAUAAAAAGUUUAAUGGGCAAAGUUGGUUUAGGUAUAGAGAGGAUGCCUUGCGGAAAGAACCAAUGAAAAAUCGAGAAGAGACAUAUACGGCCAUAAGGAAAAUGCUUGCCACACUAAACGAUCCGUUCACCCGCUUUCUGGAGCCAGAAAAGUUCAAGAGUUUGAGGUCCGGCACUCAAGGUGCCCUUACAGGUGUGGGGCUUUCCAUUGGUUAUCCUAUAGGGUUUGAUGGAUCACCUGCAGGGCUUGUUGUUAUUUCAUCUACCCCAGGAGCACCAGCUUAUAGGUCUGGCAUUAUGUCUGGAGAUGUUAUUUUGGCAAUUAACGGUACAAGUACUGAAACAAUGGGAAUUUAUGAUGCAGCUGAACGAUUACAGGGUCCUGAAGGAAGUUCAGUGGAAUUGACCAUUCUCAGCGGACCUGAAACAAAACAGAUGGCCCUGAAGAGAGAGAGGGUCUCGCUGAACCCUGUGACCUCUAGACUAUGUGAAGUCGCUGCUGUGGGAAAGGACACAUCCCGAAUUGGUUACAUCAAACUAACAACUUUCAACCAAAAUGCUUCUAGAGCUGUUAAGGAAGCAAUUGAAACUCUACGUAGUAACAAUGUCAAUGCUUUUGUGUUGGACCUUCGAGAUAACAGUGGUGGCCUUUUCCCAGAAGGAAUUGAGAUAGCUAAGAUCUGGUUGGAUAAGGGUGUUAUCGUGUAUAUAUGUGAUAGUCAAGGAGUUCGAGAUAUUUAUGAGGCAGAUGGAAACAAUGCGAUAGCAACAUCAGAGCCUUUAGCUGUGCUGGUAAACAAAGGAACUGCCAGCGCUAGUGAGAUACUAGCUGGCGCUUUGAAAGAUAACAAGCGAGCAGUUGUGUUUGGAGAACCGACAUAUGGGAAAGGGAAAAUACAGUCGGUUUUUGAGCUAUCUGAUGGUUCUGGAAUGGCAGUAACUGUGGCUCGAUAUGAGACUCCUGCACACACCGAUAUUGACAAGGUGGGUGUGAUACCGGACCAUCCGCUACCCACAUCAUUUCCAAAGAAAGAAGAUGAUUUUUGUAGCUGCCUUAAAGACUCAGCAUCUGCUUGUUACCUAAACAAGGUCAAGCUGUUUUCAAGUCUGGGUCAAAUAAACUACGGACUGGCGCCUAUUAUCCUCCCCUGCAUUUACGGUUAAAUGAACUGGUUAUAAAGAGAACAAGAUUUUGUGCCCGUGCUUUGCACCGGGCGGACCCGAAAACCAUCUACCAUAAUUUUUUUACUUUUAACCAUAGUUUUGGUUUGGUGUGAUGUGGCUUUGCCUCGCCCCAUUCCGAUGCAUGCUUAGGAUUUUUGAUUUGGUGUGGCUCGACUUCGCCUCGCCCUAUUGCUUAGGAUUUUUGAUUUGGUGUGGCGCGGCUUUGCCUCGCCCUAUCGCUUAGGAUUUUUAUUUGGUCUGGUUCGGGCUCGCCUCGUCCCAAUGCAUUUUUGAUGUUUUUUUUUGGUGUGGUGCAGCUUCACCUCGUCCUGAAUUCGCCUUCUCCUUCUUGAUGCAUUUUUUUA